ACAUGCAUCACACUCUGGAGCAAGUUCCAGGGAGUGACUUUUAGCUUUUAACUGUGAAAGAGAAUGAGACAAGAGACGGGACAGUAGCACAAACCUGAAAGUGAUCUUUGGGGAGGGACAGGAGAGAGGAGAAACAUUAAGGGAAGGAGAGACAUAAAAGUUAAGUAAAAGAACAAAAAGGUCUGCUGUGGAUCGUGGUCAGUGCAGAGAUUCAUCAUGGCCGCCUUGAAGGAGAAGAGGUCUUGCGGGCAGCGAUGUGAAGACUUUGGCCGUUUUGUCUGGAACUCUGACAAUGGGACGUUGAUGGGAAGGACUCCAGAGAAAUGGGUGUACAUCAGUCUGUAUUAUGUGGCCUUCUACGUGGUGAUGACGGCCCUCUUUUCUCUGGCCAUCUGGACCCUCAUGUACACCUUGGAUCCGUACGCGCCUGACUAUCAAGAUCGAUUAAAAUCGCCGGGGGUAAUGGUGUGGCCGGACACUUACUUAGAGGAAAAAGUUCAAAUCGCCUACAACACAUCAAACAAGGAAAGCUGGAUGAAGAUGGCCAAAAUCCUUACAAAGUUCCUGCAGCCCUACAACGAAACAAACCAACUUGAAUAUAACAACUAUACCUGCACGAAAGGAAAGUACUUCUUUCAAAACUUCACCCCCACUUCUCACCACAUCAAGCGUGCAUGUCCUUUCACACAAAGCAUGCUGGGACAUUGCUCAGGACUUGAGGACCCAACCUUUGGCUACAACUGCUCCAUGCCUUGUGUCAUCAUUAAGAUGAACAGGAUUAUUGGCUUUCUGCCUACCAAUCACACUGACUCUCCGCCAUACGUCAACUGCACUGUUCUGGACGGACAUGAAAAUGUGGAAAAAAUGGAGUAUUUCCCAAACAAGGGAAUUAUGGAUCUCUCUUACUUCCCUUACUAUGGCAAACUGGCACAGCCUACUUACGUGAACCCGUUGGUGGCUGUUCGGUUCAGCCUGGUCAAAGAGAAGUCAGCUAAGAUCCAGUGCAGAGUGGUCUCCGAUAAGAUCAGCUAUGAGAACUUCUACGAUCCGUUCGAGGGAAAAGUCAUCUUCGAGCUCAAAGCACUGAAAUGAGAAACAGACGGUUCUCACAUAUCCCAUAAUCAUGUUUGUUGAUAUCAAAGAUAGAUCAGGUGUCUACAGAUCAAUAGUGACUAAUAUUUUAACAACAUUUAAACGCUUGUAUUCAAACUUAUCUCAACGGGCCCACUUGUAAAUCUCUGUGCUGUGUGGAAUGUUUAUAUAUCAACAUGAUUUUAUCCGAGUGAUUCAGGAACUUUUCUAUCAUUUGAUUUUACCAUGACUACUAUUAUUGUGCUAACAACUUUGACCUCUGUCUGCAUGUCUCCUCCUCUCCCCUCUUCAAACUCAAGAAAGUAGACACAAAGAUCUGAAAAUGUCAGCUCGAUUAUUGAGGUGGAUUCAAAACAAUGCAGAACAUGUUCUUACAAGUCUUUCUCAAUAAAAAAAUUCUUUCCAA